UGACGGUUAGCGGUGAAAGUCAGCACCGCCGAGCAGCUGAUGCUUUAAACUACACAGGCUAAAAAUAAUUAACCUUUUUUGUUUUUUUCUUGCUCCAGCUUUCACAGUGGUUUAUUUCUUUUCCGUUUCUUUGUUCUCAGUUUUCUUUUCAUCCCAGAAUCCAGCGGAAUGGAAUGAAACUUUGAGGAUUUAGACUUUUUUUCGAGACGUCUCUGGUUGGGGCUGCUGGCUGAAGGCAUGGCCUUUUCCUUUUGUGGCAACGACAAGAACAUUAGUGCCUACAGCGUGGAGAAUGGCGUGCUGAACAAUGGCUGCUUCGUGGACGCUCUCAACCUUGUUCCUCAUGUGUUCUUGCUCUUCAUCACCUUCCCCAUCCUCUUCAUUGGGUGGGGCAGUCAGAGCUCCAAGGUGCAGAUCCAUCACAACACAUGGCUCCACUUCCCAGGCCACAACAUGAGGUGGAUCCUCACCUUCCUGCUUCUGUUUGUUCACGUGUGCGAGUUUGCAGAGGGCAUCGUCUCCAACAAGGUGAUGAACACCGACCACCUUCAUCUCUUCAUGCCAGCAUUCAUGGGUUUCAUAGCAGCAACAACGUCUGUGGUUUAUUACCACAACAUAGAGACAUCCAACUUCCCUAAACUGCUGCUUGUCCUCUUCAUCUACUGGGUGUUGGCGUUCAUCACAAAGUCCAUCAAGCUGUGGAAGUUCACAGAGUUUGGUGUUGGACCGCAACAUUUAAGGUUCUGCAUCACAGCUCUUUUGGUGAUUCUGUAUGGACUUCUGAUGGCCGUGGAGGUGAACGUCAUCAGAGUCAGGAAAUACGUAUUCUUUGCCAACCCUCAGAAGGUCAAACCACCUGAAGAUUUACAGGACCUGGGAGUUCGAUUCCUGCAGCCUUUUGUCAAUUUGCUUUCCAAGGCGACAUAUUGGUGGAUGAAUCCUCUCAUCAUGGGAGCCCAUAAAAGGCCAAUAGAGCUGAAGAAGAUUGGUAAACUCCCAAUCGCCAUGAGAGCACUCACCAACUACCUGCGACUCAAAGACGCCUAUGAGGACCAGAGGACGCCUGAGGAUCGAGAUCAGAACCCAUCCAUCUGGCGCUCCAUGUAUCGGGCGUUUGGCCGCCCUAUCCUGCUCAGCAGCACAUUCCGCUACCUGGCAGAUCUGCUGGGCUUCGCCGGGCCACUCUGCAUCUCUGGCAUUGUGAAGUACCUGGAUGUGACAGAAGUUGUUUCAUCAGAAGACAAGAAAAAGGAAACAUAUUUAGGAGUUUACUUCAUGUCCUCCGCUGAGCUUCUGCAGAACAGUUCUGUCCUCUCGGUUCUUCUCUUCCUGGCGUUGGUCCUGCAGAGGACAUUCCUUCAGGCUUCCUACUACGUCACCAUAGAAACGGGCAUCAACCUGCGUGGAGCACUGCUGGCAAUGAUUUACAACAAAAUCCUGCGCCUGUCCACCUCCAACAUGUCCAUGGGAGAAAUGACGCUUGGGCAGAUCAACAACCUUGUUGCCAUAGAAACCAACCAGCUGAUGUGGUUCCUUUUCCUUUGCCCCAACCUGUGGGCGAUGCCCGUGCAGAUUGUGAUGGGCGUGAUCCUGCUCUACUAUCUGCUGGGCUGGAGCGCUCUGGUGGGGGCUUCGGUCAUCGUUCUGUUGGCUCCGGUUCAGUAUCUGAUCGCCACAAAGCUGGCGGACACACAGAAAAACACACUAGAACACUCCACAGAUCGGCUGAAGAAGACCACAGAGAUCCUGAAGGGCAUCAAGCUGCUGAAGCUGUACGCCUGGGAGGACAUCUUCUGCGGCAACGUGGAGGACACCAGAGGCAAAGAGCUGACCAGCCUCAAAACCUUUGCUUUCUACACGUCGAUGUCCAUCUUCAUGAAUGCUGCUAUUCCCAUCGCUGCUGUUCUCGCGACAUUUGUGAUGCAUCACUUCCUGAAUAAAAGCGGCCCCAGCCCAUCGGAGGCUUUUGCAGCUCUGGCGUUGUUCCACAUCCUGGUCACGCCUCUCUUCCUUCUCUCCACGGUGGUUCGAUUUGCAGUCAAAGCUCUGGUCAGUGUCCAGAAGCUCGGCGAGUUCCUCCAGAGUGAUGAGAUCGGAGACGACAGCUGGAGAAAUGGCGACAUUUCGGUUUCCUUGAACGCGGGAAAGAAACACACGGGAAUGACGAAAGCCAUCAACAGGAAGCAGCCAAUGCGCUACCAGAUGGACAACUACGAGCAGCCAAUCAGGCGGCAGAUGAGGCCCACGGAGACGGAGGAUGUGGCCGUGAAGGUGAGUAACGGAUCCUUCACCUGGGGAAACAACCUGCUGACUCUGUCCGACAUCAACAUCCGCAUCCCUACAGGUCAGCUGACCAUGAUUGUUGGUCAAGUGGGUUGUGGGAAAUCCUCCCUGCUGCUGGCCAUGCUUGGUGAGAUGCAAGCGAUUGAUGGAGUCGUCCACUGGAGCAAGCCGACUGAUUGUGAGCUGGUCCACGAGGGGAACAUCAGUUGGUCAGAGACAGAGGAGUCUGCCGAAGACGCUCCGAGCAAGAACAGGAACUCAGUGGCCUACGCCGCCCAGAAGUCUUGGCUGCUCAACGCCACGUUGGAGGAAAACAUCACCUUUGGCAGUCCAUUCAACAAGCAACGGUACAAAGCUGUGAUCGACGCCUGCUCUCUUCAGCCAGACAUCGACCUGCUUCCUUUUGGAGACCAGACUGAGAUUGGAGAGCGGGGCAUCAAUCUGAGUGGAGGUCAGAGGCAGAGGAUCUGCGUGGCCAGAGCUCUGUACCAGAACACAAACAUCGUCUUUUUGGACGAUCCUUUCUCUGCGUUGGACAUCCACCUCAGCGAUCACCUGAUGCAGGAAGGAAUCCUCAAGUUUCUGCAGGACGACAAGCGAACGGUGGUUCUCGUCACGCAUAAGCUGCAGUAUCUCAUACAUGCAGACUGGAUCAUAGCGAUGAAGGACGGCUCCAUUCUUCGAGAAGGAACCCUGAAGGACAUUCAGACUCAUGACGUUGAGCUGUACGACCACUGGAAAACACUGAUGAACAGACAGGAUCAGGAGCUGGAAAAGGACACACAGCAGGACAGUCAAACCACACUGGAGAGGAAGACCCUGCGCAGAGCUUUUUACUCCAGAGAGGCCAAGAAUCAUGUCGAUGACGAGGAUGAAGAAGAGGUAGAGGAGGAAGACGAGGAGGACGAUUUUUCCCUGAUCGCCAACAGACGUUCAAAGAUUCCAUGGAAGGUGUGCUGGUGUUACCUGUCGUCUGGCGGCUUCUUCAUGGUUUUCCUGAUGGUUUUCUCCAAACUCAUCAAGCACUCCGUCAUUGUUGCCAUCGAUUACUGGCUCGCCGUCUGGACCUCUUCUAAAACCGACUCCGCCUCGCUCAACGAAACCCUGAGCAGCGGCAUCCCCGAGCAGGACUCCCACUACCUGCCCGUCUUCAUCACCCUGUGCGCGGCAGGAAUUACCUUAUGCCUCAUCACUUCUCUCACUGUGGAGUUCCUGGGUCUUUCUGCAGCCACAAACCUGCAUCACAACCUGCUCAACAAGAUCCUCCAUGCUCCCAUCAGGUUCUUUGACGUCACUCCUCUGGGGCAGAUCCUUAACAGAUUCUCAGCUGAUACCAACAUCAUUGACCAGCACAUUCCUCCAACCCUGGAGUCUUUGACCAGGUCCACUCUGCUCUGCCUGUCAGCCAUUGGGGUCAUCUCCUCCAUCACUCCUGCUUUUCUCAUCGCCUUGAUUCCUCUGUCCGUGGCCUUUUACUUCAUUCAGAAGUACUUCCGGGUCGCCUCCAAGGACCUUCAAGACCUGGAUGACUCCACGCAGCUCCCUCUACUCUGCCACUUUUCUGAGACAGCCGAAGGUCUCACCACUAUCAGAGCAUUCCGACAUGAAGCGCGGUUCAAACAGCGCAUGCUGGAGCUGACGGACACCAACAACACCGCCUACCUGUUUCUGUCUGCUGCCAACCGCUGGCUGGAGGUCCGAACGGACUACCUCGGAGCGGUGAUCGUCCUGACGGCGGCUACAGCCUCAAUAUGGAGUUCUCAGUACGGUCUGCCUGCUGGAGGUCUGGUGGGCCUGGGCCUCACCUACGCCCUCACAGUCUCCAACUACCUGAACUGGGUUGUGAGGAACCUGGCGGACCUGGAAGUCCAGAUGGCGGCGGUGACGAAGGUCAACAGCUUCCUGGGAACAGAGUCGGAGAACUAUGAGGGGUCUAUGGAGGCCUCCCAGGUUCCUCAGGACUGGCCCCAGGAUGGCGAGAUCAAGAUCCAGGGGUUGUGCGUCCGCUACGACCCUCUGCUCAAACCGGUCCUCAAACACGUCAAUGCCUACAUCAAACCCGGUCAGAAGGUGGGAAUCUGUGGUCGCACCGGCAGCGGGAAGUCUUCCCUGUCGUUGGCCUUUUUCAACAUGGUGGACAUUUUUGAAGGAAAGAUCAUCAUUGACGGGAUCGACAUCUACAAGCUUCCUCUGCACACGCUCAGGUCUCGGCUUUCCAUCAUCCUGCAGGACCCGGUGCUGUUCAGCGGGUCCAUAAGAUUUAAUCUGGAUCCGGAGAGGGAGUGCAGUGAUGACCGCCUGUGGGAGGCGCUAGAGAUCGCUCAGCUGAAGAACAUGGUCAAAUCUCUGCCCGGCGGCCUCGAUGCCGUGGUGACUGAAGGUGGGGAGAACUUCAGCGUCGGUCAGAGGCAGCUCUUCUGUUUGGCCAGAGCUUUCGUCAGAAAGAGCAGCAUCCUCAUCAUGGACGAAGCCACCGCCUCCAUAGACAUGGCAACAGAGAACAUCUUGCAGAAGGUCGUGAUGACGGCGUUUGCGGACAGAACGGUCGUUACGAUCGCCCACAGAGUGCACACCAUCCUCACGGCCGACCUGGUCAUUGUGAUGAAGCGAGGAAACAUCGUGGAGUACGACAAACCCAAGACUCUUUUGGAGCAGGAGGACGGGAUGUUCGCCUCCUUCGUCAGAGCUGACAUGUAGCGGCGUCUCGUCCAUCGUCAGACGCCGUCAGACUAACAACCAGCUAAACCUCCUCCGCCAUGAAGUUCGUCUUUAACGAAAGCCACUUGACCGGAAAUAUGCAGUAAAAGAACAAAAGUACGGUCGAUGUGAGUCGUUGAACCAUCCGUUCACCCGUUUCCUUCAUGUUCCGACCCUCCUAACUGUCAAUAGGCGUGAGGUAGAAAGGCUUUAGUGGCUCCGUUUCCAUGACAACAGGUUUCAUAACAGCGUCUCAGACCUGAUCUUCUCCAGCAAGCCUCGGUACGGUUCGCUUGGAACGGAGCUCCAGAAAAACCAUCCUUGGUCUUCCUGGUACAGAUUUCCACUAGUGAAGAAUCAAAGGGGAGACUUAAGAAAGUGAUCUGAGCAUGCUCAGAGUGUCCCGGCCUGCUAUGAUUAAGACAAAAUGCAGAAAAACAAACCAAUAUUUUCUACCACUUUAUCGUUACAUUUAGCAAAAAAUGAUAUGGGACUAUUUAGGUUCUUCAGGCACUGGGAAAAGGCUUUAAAGUUUAGAAUAAAGGUGUGCAGCAAAAAACCACCAGUAGAGGGCGCUGUUGAUUAAAGUGAAAACGAGUUUAAAAACAUUUGCUUAAAGGAUUUGGAUGUUUUAGGUUAGAAACAGCGACGGUGAACAAACUUUUCAGUCAACUCAUCUGCUUCCACAACAUUUGGGCCUUUUUCUACGGUUUGUAUGCAGGACGAAGUUCUUAACAUUUUACAAAACUUCACCAUUUGAAGCUUCACCUUUUAAACUUCAGCGUACGUCUAAAAUCGCAGUGUUUCUAUGUGAAAUGUUAAAAAAAAAUGUUGUCGUGGAAAUUGUGUCGUAGCUUUAAGCCGAAUGUGAAACUCGGAAGAUGAUAGGAUUUUAAAAUUCGUUUCUAACCGUUUAUUUGGUUUGUAUGUGACGCAAUAACAAGGACACAUGGGGGGGCGGGGUCACUGAGACUUUUGAUCUCUUUUUUUAUUUUUUGCAAUUGUGCUCGUUUUUAUGGUUAAAUUGUGCCGCCAAAGCAAAACUAGUUAGAGUUUUCUCUAAGGCAACAUAAAUGUAAGCGAACACUGUCUGUGGAUGAAUUACUUAAGACUUUUAAACCUCAUUUAAGGUACUCCUUCAAACUAAAAGCAUCUUAAUGAAACUAUAAAUUAGAUCGUUAAGACCAUCAAAAUUCAGAACAAUAAAGAAAAUUUGCUUCGUUGCUGAUUUGUCUUUAUUUACACUUAUUUCAUGUUGUUUUGACCUCAGUAAAAUAAACCUUUAUGUUUCCUGCCACAGAACUGCUGUGAUUACCUGUUCAUUUGGUUAAAAGGAUUUCCAUCUGUCCAUUUUCUAGACCCACUGCAUCCCUUUCGGGGUUAACGGAGUCCGUGCCGGCCAAUGUUGGGCUAAAAGGUUUUCAGUAAAUCAAUUUUUUGUACGUUUUUCAGUUUGCAAAAACAUUUUUUCAUCUCUGUUCAAUAAAUGCCUGUUUAUGAAAAUCAAAA